CACACCGCAAUUCUGCGUGGCAAUGGCGUCGGCAGAUGGUGCACCUGCAUGUUGGAGAAAAAUCAUUUUGUUUUUCCUGGUCAGUUUAGCAGUUGUGAGAACUUCAUUCUCCCAGUCUUUGUCGAAUACGUCUGCUCUACCUGAGAAUACAGAAGUUCCAAUUUCGUUACCUCUGACAACCGAUCCUUCUGUUCCAUCUGGAGGUGUCACUAAUGAAGCCAGCAAACCGAUCAGCAUUUGUAAUAGUACUGCCUGCAAAUCCGUCGAAUUUGACAUCAUCUGGAAUGAACAUCAUACUAUAAAUCCUUGCAACAAUUUUUAUGAAUACGCUUGUGGUGGUUACUACAACAUUCGAGAGGUACCACAAGGAAAGAAUUACACGGAUCAAUUUUUGACGCUUCAAGAAAAGUAUGCUAAAAAUAUUGAAGACAUUUUAAAAGGAGACCUUAGUGAAACAGACAGUUCAUCGUUAACGAAGGCCAAAGUGCUAUACAGUGAUUGCGUAGACACGUUCACCAUCGAGAGAACGGGUCUCCUUAAAAUUCGAGAGAAGUUGGACUUGAAUGGGGGCUGGCCUAUUAUUUCCAGAAGGAAAGAACAAUAUUCAUGGCAAAACCUCCACAAAUACUACGACCUAAUUUCUGAAACCUUCGCUCUGUACAAAAUUUCGAUUCGUCAAAAUGGCCAAUCUCCUAUAAUUUCGUUGGAGGUGCCUGAUUUCGCAAUCCCUCGUGCCAAAUUGUUGAACCGUUCUCAAGAUCCUUAUUCAAUUGCUCAAUAUGUAAAAUAUAUCGAAGAAGCCGCUCACGCUCUUCGUCCAUCUUCAGAAACGAAUAUUACUAACAAUGAUAUCGCGACAGAUAUAUUUGCACUAAUUAACUUCGAAGAAGAGCUUGCCAAUAUCACCGAAAUUGAAUCUUCAAAUAACGGAAACAAUCAAGAUCAUCCAAUGACACUUCAAAUGUGGCAGACAUUAUACAAGACUGUAUCAAGGACCGAAGUCUCAAAAGUAAACUGGAUCAAGACAGUGAAGAAUCUAUUUAAUCUCGCCCGGGUAAAAGUUGAAAGUUCAGAAAACAUUGUUAUUUCCAAUAUGGUUUACUUUUUCGAACUAGCUAACCUGCUUGAUAGAACACCACCUCGUACCGUAGUGAAUUAUAUACACUGGAAGUUUAUUAGUCGCGUUUUAAAGUACGGGAAUACCAGAAUGCAAAACAUCGGUGCUGAGUUCCAGGAGACAUUCUUUGGAAUAAAGGAGACCGGGACACGAUCGGAACAAUGUAUUCGUGAACAUGGAUUAACCCACGCUGUUUAUUAUGAGUUAAAAAGGAAAAACUUUUCAUCGGAAUCCAAUCUUGUUGCCAAGAACAUAUUCACCACAAUCAAGAGUCAAAUUAUACGACUUAUCGAAGCAGCAACCGGUCUGGAUGAGAAUACAAAAUUGUUAGUGAAAACGAAGCUUCAAAAUAUAAAAGAGCUUGUUGGAUACCCUUUUUGGUAUGACAACAGUGAAGCAUUGAAUCGGUACUAUAGAAAGCUGGAAAUCCUUAAAGACGAUUACUUCAACAAUGUAUUAAAAUGCAAAGGAUUUACAUUGAAGAGAAAACUGAAGAAACUUCGAGAUUCAACAGAAUCAGAUUGGUACGAGAACAUUAACUUACUGAAUGGACUGCAACAACGAUACAACAACAAUAUAAUUUUGCCUGUGGGCAUUCUUCAAAUACCAUUAUUCAACCAUGAACUUCCCGACGCUAUAAAUUACGGAGCUAUUGGAUCCAUUAUAGGUCGUGAAAUAUUCGCCGCACUUGACGGUUUAUUGCCUAACGUAAACACGAACUUCUUCACCGACAAAUUUAAGCAGUACCAAUUGAUUUAUGGAAAAACCGUUCCGGAACAAGAUGCUCCGAAUGUAAGUGACAGUAUCGCUACAACUAUCGGGCUUCAAGCAGCUUAUAAAGCUUACUUAGAUAAAGUCAAAGAAGACACAUAUGUUGAAAAAAGGCUAUCAAUUCUUUCAAAGAUGAGCGGGGAAAAGCUAUUCUUUAAAGCUUUUGCAAACGCUUUUUGCAAGACGGUAAGAUCAGAGUUUGCUGUAUACUCAUUGGACACCCAGCAAUAUAGCGCAUCACAAAUGAAAAUAAUUGAUUCUAUCUCAAGUAUUGUCGGAUUUGGGGAAGCUUAUAAAUGCACCGUUGGAUCGCCUAUGAACCCAGAGAAAAAAUACAGUUUAUAGAAAUAGGUAUCAAAGAAU